AUGUCCUCGUACAUCUUCAAUCAUGUUUUCCUACCCCCAAAGCUGCCCCAGCUAAAUGAUACGACACCAGAGGUCGAAGUUGGCCUGACAGAGCUGUUUCAUAAUACUUUGAGCUUGUUCUUAGAUGAUCUUCCAGAAGAAGAGCAAGGGAAUUGGAUGAGACUUCCUGCAAUGCUAAACAUACUUCUGAACAAUAACAACAUCGAAAGUCCGUUCAGAAAUCUUGAUGAGAAGUUGGGCAACAUGAGGGAAGGAGAUGUAUUGGCUCUUCAUAUCACUCACCAAAAUGCCGGGCUUGUGCUUCGAAGGCAACUCCAAACUUACUCAAUCGAGAUCUUCGAACUGUCAGCAACUUCACAAGCAGUGACGGGUACAACUGGAAGAUUGGUACACAGGUUCCCUGGUCCAGUGAUCGUUGUCCCCGAGGCGCGAGUAGACCACAAUUUUCGAAAGGCAUUUACACAGUGUUUUACGUCUCUGGAAAGCGAGACUCCCAAGGAUGCGAUCGGCAAAGGUUGCGGAGCACACAGAGAUACUAUACACCCCCGAUUUGCCACAGAAUGGCUACCUGGCAUAUUACGAGGUAUUGGCUCACCGCUCGACGUCUCUCGAGUUUACAAACGGACACGCGAUGAUGUCCUGUGGGGAGAUGGCUUGGAACCGUGGCGUCGCUCUCCACGAUGGACUCUACUGAAAGUCGCUUUGCAGACCAGUAUCGUGAAUCGGAUAGGAGAUCACACACGCUACAAGAUCUUCAUGGUAUACUUCAUGGCCACUAUACUCGAAAAAGCAGUGGAUCAUAAAUGCAGCAGCGAUAUUCUCCACGUAAUGCUAGCAAAGCUCAGCCGACGCAUUCGUAAAUUGGACAUCACCAGUCCUGGCAAUAAUCCUAUCUGGGCUCAACGAUCACAAGAAUUCGUCACGGAAAGUAUGGAAUCUGCUCGUAACCUCAUCGCCAAGAGGUGGAACAUCAUUCAAAAGGCUGCCGACUCAGCAGGCACUUUCCAUGUUGCUGAGCUCGAAAAACUCAAGCCUCAAUCGGACACAAUAUUGCAUCUUGCCAACCUCCGUCCAUAUCUCAAACAAGUUCACAAUAUCGAGAUCAAACGAUACAACAAAAGCACAUUCGAUGAGAAAUGUAGCCGACGCAUCAAUGGAAAGAGGAAUUCUCUUCCGGAACCAGAAUCUGCUGAGCCAAAAUCACCUUUUGAAGUAUCCUUGAGCUUGCUAGAUCUGGAAGUGUGGGUGUCAAAAUCGCUCGAUACCUGGCUCGACCGAAACAUCAAAUCCGAGAGUCGCUUUGUCAAGCUAUCCAAUGUCAUCAUUUGGUACAUUUCGACUUCUCCUACGGUAUAUGCUGGCUCCGCAGAAGGCUUCUCAGUCAUGAUCUUGACUAUGAUGCUUCUCUGGGUUGCGCUUGAUAAAGCCACCAUAUUCCACUAUCCACUCUUGAAGAACUUCGACCCUGGCUUCCCAACCACUUUGUUUGAUGCUCUUCUUUUGCCAAAGAGAAAUCAGAUGAUCCAUCUGCGCGAUAUCGAGCAGUAUCUUUUGAAACGGAAAACAAACUCGGACCGUGAUAAUCCAUCUAUAUUCACAGACGUCACAUCUUCCUCGAGUUUCGGAGCUCAGUAUUUCGAGCAGUCAUUCGACCACCAGAAACUGAAAAGAAGUAUUGAAAGGGAAGCUAAAGACGAGUCGAAGGCGAAAAAGGAUGAGUUGAAAGAGAAAAAAAAGGAAUUUUCGAAGCUGACGCAAAGAUCGGAGCUUCUGAGCUGUACGACUAUCAUGCACAGGAGCAGGAGAAAUCCGGUGUCGCAGGAAGUUCACGAUCCGAAUUGUACCAAAUGUGAUCUUCGCAGGCAAGCUCAAUCUCUCAGGAUCACCUGUUACGAGUGGCCUCUUCCGGAAUCAGAGCCUGCAGCGAAGUCUGUUGUCUUUGAGCUGGAUAUUCCAAGCCUAAUCUGCAGCUGGCGAUCUACAACUUACCGAAUUUUGGCCGACAUAUUGAAUCCUUCUCCUCUUCCUCUCGUCAAACCAAAGAACGUCAGUCUUACCGAGUAUCCAGGUCUUAAGAACUACCUUAAGUCAAAAGCAGACAGAUUGCAACUGGCCUCGUCCACCAAGCCUUUCGCACAAACGCAAUACGCUUCUCGGGCAGUUUCCGACGCAACAGAGAACGAUGUUUGUGUCCCCAAUAACUUAAACUUCGCCAUGCAAGAUUUGAAGUCCCAGCGUAGUACACGCGAACGUCUCAACAAGUCCGAUAUUCAUGAAAGGUGUACCUUGAGGCUCCCAAAAGGCUGUUAUCAUAGCCUUCAAUACGCCGUCGCUAGCACUAAACAUACCUCGAAUGAGGUCUUAUCGAAGCAUGCGAUCUGCCCUGACGGUCUCACUGUGCAUGAAGUCCGUGCUUUCGCGGCUUUACGCAGUGGUCAUAGACUUCAGUGGCUUAACAUCGCUCGAGAACUUGUCUCCCAAACACUAGAUCUCAAGAAAGAAGAAGUGUACCUCCUACUACUUCAGGCUUCUUGCCAAGCAGGCCCUUCAGCUCUACAACAAGUAUCGAGAGACUCGCAUAUCGAACUUGAAGAGGAAAGCUUUGGUCAAAAUCUCUUGUCUGCCAUGGAAGCAGCUCUGGCAUCUGUCGGAAGCAAUUGGCAAGGUUCCGUGGCGGCACUCACAUUGAUCUCAUUAACCAUUCGCCUGCUGUCCGUAUCGUUACAUGAGUCUGUUCGAAAUAGGUGUCUCAGAUUUCUCCAAAAAGCGCGGAAUAUUACGAUAGGAUGGUUACGAAUGGUUGUAGAGAUUCUGCACGAAAGCUCCAGCGAAGAAGAGAUGCUUUAUCUCACCCUUCGAGCUCUUGACUUAGCCCUGAUCUGUCAUUCAACCUUCGACGUUGACCCACGCCAGCUGCUCGCCCUUCUGUCUACGACCGAAAAUGUCUCCAUUGUCAUCGAAACUGCCACCACUAUUAAGGAACGUUGUCCAGUCUCACAAGAGAUAUUGUCAACACUGACUCGAGAGCUUUUGCAUCGAUUUUCUAGAACAGCUCACACUGUUGAGUCAGUACUGCGGGAGCGAAUUGUUGCCUCUUCAGACGGAAUCAACAAAGCCGUGAAACGACUAUGGCCUGGGUAUGAACCUGGAACGCCCUGGGCCGUAGUUGAGGCUCCAGAGGAUCGGUGGUUAACAACUAGGACUUCUAAUUCAGACAACGUCUCCCCAAUGACACUUCACUACAAUCUAUUGACUGGCUCUCUGCUCAUCGCGUCUCGCCCACUAAAUCGAUUGCUCCCCGAGUAUGAAUCUCACUCAAUGUACAAGCGAUUGUUUGGAAGUAAGAUCCUUGAGGUCGUCCCGUCAAGUAAAGGUUUGCACUUUGAGACGCGGAAUUCGGUUCAUGGCUUUCAGGUUCAUUUUGCCUUGCACGAUAAAGAUCUGAUUGUCAGAGCUAGCAAAGAUCGCGAGUUAUACGAAGUCAUCCCUACUCAUGCCCUCGAGAAAGAUUUUCCUCGUACCCUUGUUCAGAAUUACGUACACUGGAUACAUCUAGGCUCAAUGGUCAUUGAAUGGAGGCCACUGCACAGCAAAUGGCUUCCGUCUACCGAGAAUUGGCGCAUUUCCGCACCCGAAGACGCUAGCUCAAGCAGACUGGCAUUGAAGAGCAGGUGUCUCGUGGAACCUGGAAGUCCUACCGCGGUAGUCAUUCAGCGAUGGCUCAAGCCUCUCGAAAACCCUCCGAAUAUCAAUAUCUAUUACAAUGAUGAGAUCGAGGAAACCGAAGUUUGUCUUCCUAGGAUGAACCUAGACUUCAUCUUGCGGGAUACUGAGCUAGAGUCUAAGCAGUUUCGAGGCAUGAUUGUGGACACUAAUCAAUAUAUAGGGACUUUACAUGGUCUGCAACACAAGCUGGUUUUGAGAGAUAUUCAAGGACCAUCGCGCAUCACAAUAGUUCCACACGGAACUGUGUCAUACCAUCGGAGAAAACACCAUGUCCAGGUUUCUAUUUAUACAGGGCUCAGUGACAAAAUUCCGUACCAUCAAUUCGUUAUUGACAAGGAUCUUGGGCUACUUAUCGACAAUGGCAAUUUACGCAGUCGAUUGUUCAAACUUUAUCUUCACGCUCUGACUUCCCAUUGUCUUCCUGAUCCUCUGACAUCCAGAACAGGAUCUGAAGAGGCACUUCAUGGACUGAGACUGGCCAGCACUCGAUCUUUUCUUUCCUUGGAUCCAGAACACGUUGAGCUUCUCAGAUGUUUCGCGAAGCUUACGCCAUCUCGUACUUUCUACCCCAAGGGAUCCAAGUUCAUGCAGACUGUGAACUGGGAGGACUUAUCCCCAUUAUCUCAUCACGAAGGCUUUGUCACUGAGGCACAUUCUAUGUUGCUUCAAGCAGAAUCGUUUCAAGUGUUCCAACCUAGCUUAGACACGAAGUACAAGAUAGAACGAGGACCUCGUGAGCUCAGGCAGCGGGCAGCAAUACGCAGUGCAUGCUACCGGGUUCAUCCCUUCGGAGCUGAAUGCUUCGACGCAAGCUAUGAUGCAACAUACAAUUCAACAAGAGAUGCAAUACCCAACAGCUCUCGUGAACGUGAAGCAUGCUACAUUGCCACAAUGGUAGACAAAUGGAGUUGUCGUCUCGAUCCAUACAACGAUCUCUUCCACCAAAUUCAAAUGUGGGGCUCUUUUUUCCACGGUCCACAGUCCGAUUUCCGACUCGAUUUCAGCAAGCGAUGGAUGGAGACUCCCAGCAGCUUCAUGCCCCAAUAUUGGUGCAGCAUACAGUCAUUAUUAUCAAAGUCUGAUGCUACUAGAGACAAACUUCAAAUCACGAUCUUUCUAGCAAACCUAGCAAGCUCGAGACAUGAUAAUGCCCCUCUAAUUCAUACACUUCUCGCUCUUGCAACAGCACCAGCCUUGCGCCACAUACAACCACCUCCGUAUGCCCAUUUUGAUUUUUCACGCGGCUUCGAGCCUGAAAAAUCUAAAGUGAGUGCGAUUAUCGAAGGGUGCAAAGUAUCAUUCGAGAACAGUCCGGAAAGCCGGAUAGAUCGACUUCCCGAGGAAAGUGAUUUCUAUUUCUUGGAUAGACGCCAAGCUGCUUAUCAAGCCGCGACAAAACUUCAGGUUAGCAAGUGUUUGAAUGCUUUGAUGCGCCAAUGGCCUUCUAAAGAUGUUAUCCCACCCCGAACGCUGGACACUGAAACAUAUUUGCCUCUCUUGAGUAAUUCCAUGGGAAACAUUCGAUCUUUGUUCGAGACUUGUCACAAGAAUUUCGAAUUUCGUCAGUAUAUAGAAGACGUCCAGAUUGUGCUCGAUUCGUUACCCCAGCCGCUACAGCAACCCGAAUACUACUCCAUCCCACCUCAAGAAGACACGUACAAGAAUGUACGCGCCUAUCUGAUGAUCGACGACCUAUUGCAAAAUCCAGCGCCUGAUUUACCACUUUCUCAAGAUGAGCUUGAGGAGCAGUUUGUGACUAUGCGCGACCAGCCAGCAGUGGAGUCAGGAUCUUCAAAAUUGAAGUCUCUGCUGAACAAGCUGUCUAAGUCUGCCAACGGGCAUUAUCAGAGGAUGUACGUGAAAGACUUGCAGAAGUCUCACAAUGCUUUCCUCGCCAACACGUCAGCCAAGCCUCAACUAAUGUCUGGCGUCCCUUACUCCGAGCUAACAACGCCUUUGGACCAAUGCAAGAAGAUCGUUGAAACUUUGUAUAGGAAAGUCUGUUCGAAACUGGUUGUUUCAGGUACACAAAUCGACAAUGCUCGACAAGCAAUGCUUCCACGCCUGUCACCAAGCGUUCUCCUUCAAUUACUUGCUCGCUUCGAACCCGUGAGCGCUGAGUGGAAACUUGCUCUGACUCGUUAUGCUCUUGCUAUAACAUCUAUGCAAAGAGCUGAACGAUUGGUAGCGUGCAGCGAAAGUGAUUCGGACAUCGACAUAUUAAACGAGCUGACAAACAGUGGUCACACCAAUUGGGAUCCGAUGGAUUUGCCUGAGUGGCUACUUCUGGAACUGGAGAGUAAUAUUCUCAUCCGCCCUGAACAAGGCAAUAUUCAGAUCGCAGUUCUUGAAUUUACCAACCAAUUGGCAGAUGCUGACCUCAAGACAAUAGCUCAGAUUGCUCGUGAGAUGAUUGCACCACAGUCGGGAUCGAAUUCUAUCAUGCAGUUGAACAUGGGACUUGGGAAGUCCUCUAUCAUCGUGCCAAUCGUUGCUGCAACUUUGGCAGAUCGAAAGAAGCUCUCCAGAGUGAUUGUUCUAAGUACGUCAGAAUUCACUUCAUCUCGACCACAAUUUGAGCAACUUACUCUCGAGACAUUCUCGAAAGCUAUCGGCUCCUACGCCUAA